CGCGCGCCCGGCUCGCCAGUCAUCGAGCGGCAGUCUUGGGAGAUGCUAUUGGAGAGAAACAAAAAAUUCUAACGCUAUCGUUCAUCUGACAUGCGCGUACUUAUUUCUAAAUACUGACUAAAAACAAACGAACCAAUUGGAUUUCAGUGAUAGAACAAAGUGACAGUGCAGUGUUGACAUUAGAUCGGCUGCAAAUUCGCUUAUUCAGCGUAUGAUUUAACCGUUUGGUGCAGUGUUUAUGUUGGGUACGCGCCGCCCGUUUCGUCCGGCGUGCUGGAGGGACGUCGCCCUCGAGGAUUCCUAUUAGAGAUGAGGCGGCGAGGGGUAUUACGCGCGGCAGCGAGGUGAGGCAGCGGGAGCGGCAUGGACCAUGCGGUGAAGGCGAUGUCGGCGCGCGGGCCGCUCUCGCGGCUGGUGGCGCGGCGGCGGUUUGAGUCAGCCGAGCUGGAGGAGCUGUAUGCGCGCUAUGCAUGCAAGCUGCAGCGUACCUCCGUCGGCUCAGCGCUGGCUCUGUGGGCACUGCUCGCCGCCGCACUCGCCGCUGUCGAUGCCACCCGUGGUUGGCGCCGGGCAACACAGGUCGCUGUAUUGACUGCGCACGCACUACUAUGCAGCGGAUUAGCAUGGUGGUGUGGUCGUGCCGGAGUGGCUCCGGAGAGGCGGCUACCACGAGCUUGCUGGUUGGCACUGGCUGGCGGUGGAGUCGCUUUAGCCGCCACUCUCCCAGCAUGGAACACCGGCGCAGCAGCCGAGGGUGCCGCACACGUCGUAUGGGCUGUGUUCGCUGCUUAUGCCCUGCUACCGGUCGGAGCACCGGUUGCUGCGGCCUUCGGCAUCAUCCUACCCACAGCGCAUACGAUCGCGUCAGCACUUGUCGCAAACCGCUUCCCUUAUCAUGUGUGGCAGCAGAUGGUGGGCAACGUGGUUGUGUUCGUGUGUGUGAACGUGGUGGGCGCUUUGAUGCACUCGCUGAUGGAGACGGCACAGCGGCGCGCCUUCCUCGACACCAGAAACUGCAUCGCUGCCAGGCUCGAUAUGGAAGACGAGAAUGAGAAACUGGAACGAUUGCUGUUGUCUGUGCUCCCUCAACACGUGGCAAUGGAAAUGAAAAACGAUAUCAUCUCGCCGGUCGAAGGCCAGUUCCAUAAGAUCUACAUCCAGAAGCACGAACAAGUCAGUAUCCUGUUCGCUGAUAUAGUGGGCUUUACCGUGCUCGCGUCGCAGUGCAGCGCCCAGGAGUUGGUGCGGCUACUCAACGAACUAUUUGGACGAUUCGAUCAACUCGCCAAUGAUAACCACUGUCUCCGAAUCAAGAUCCUCGGCGACUGUUACUACUGCGUGUCAGGACUGCCCGAGCCGCGGUCCGACCACGGAAGGUGCACCGUCGAGAUGGGGCUCGACAUGAUCGAUGCUAUUGCAUCUGUGGUGGAAGCAACGGACGUCCAACUGAACAUGCGCGUGGGCAUCCACACUGGACGAGUGUUGUGUGGAGUACUGGGACUGCGGAAGUGGCAAUACGACGUCUGGUCCAAUGACGUCACACUCGCCAACAAUAUGGAGGCUGGAGGCGAACCGGGACGAGUGCACAUAACACAGGCGACGCUCGAAUGCCUCGGUGGGGCUUACGAGGUAGAGCCGGGUCACGGCGGCAGUCGCAACGCAUACCUUCGGGACCACUCUGUGCAGACUUACUUCAUCAUACCGCCGCCAAGACGGAGAAAAAUGUGUCUAUCAGCUGGUGUGGGCCUCGGCUCGGCGUCGCGUCGAAAGCUUUCCUUCAAGAACGUUUCCAACGUGGUGGUGCAGCUCCUCCACUCCAUCAAGUUCAACGUGGACGUGCCGUUCUCGAACAUGGCGGCUUCCCCUCAGGAACUCAAGGCCAAUGCGGCUAGGAAGAAUAAAGUGACGGAGAAGUUUAAGCGUCCGUUGAAAAAGCGCCACUCGUCUGUGUACCAUCAGCCCACGAACCGCGUGAACAAGUACUUGGCGCAGGCCAUCGACGCGCGCUCCGUGCACCGCGAGAAGGCCACGCACGUUCACCUGCUCACGCUCUGCUUCAAGGAUGCCGACAAGGAAGCUCAGUACCGAGCAUCGACAGACGGCGGUUGGGCGGGAUCCCUGUCCGCUGCGCUAUGUGCCUUAGUAGCGGCUGGCGCCUUGCAAGCGUCCAUUCUACCACAGACGUAUAUACUCCUCAUACUAUUCGUGACGGCCUUCGCUUGGUCUGCAGCAGUACUGGCCUUGACCUUGGCGGCGAGGCUGAGGCUGAUACCCUGCGAUGUGUCUCGACCUUUCACCCUGAGAAAUGCUAUCACUACCUUCACUAUUGUACUGGGUUACGCUGUUGGACAAGUAAAUGUGGUAACAUGUGAACAUAUAGAACUAUGCAGAAAUUUAACUGGCAACACGACAAGUAUGGCCGAAGUAUUCACGAUGCGGGGCGACGUUGCAGCGCAACUAUGGUCGAGUCGGACGGAACAUCUAGCUUGCCCAGUACCAUUGUACAUUACGCUCGGUUGCUGCCUCAGUAUGCUGGUGGUAGCCGUCUUCCUAAGGCUCCCGAUCCUGGUGAAGGGGAUCCUUUUAGCUGUAAUGACUGCCGGAUACAUGGGCGUCAUACUUGGCUUCCAUAAGGCGCUGUUUGACUGCUACGAUUUGAUGGUUGAUUCAGGCUUGGUGGGUUCUGCUUACGUAGCCAGUGCAUGGACCGUGGCACUGGCUCUAGCGGUUUUACUACACGCUCGGCAGACUGAAUGGACGGCCCGGUUAGACUUCCUCUGGCAGGCACAAGCCCGGGACGAGAAGAGAGACAUGGAUGCCUUACAGGCAUCGAACAGAAGAAUUCUCUUCAACUUGCUCCCAGCGCACGUGGCAACACAUUUCCUGGACAAUCAGUUUAGAACGAAUAUGGACCUGUACCACCAGUCGUACCAGCGCGUCGGCGUAGUGUUUGCCUCCAUCACCAACUACCACGAGUUCUACAUGGAGCUCGACGGGAACAACCAGGGCAUGGAGUGUCUGCGGCUCCUCAACGAAAUCAUUGCUGAUUUUGAUGAGCUUUUGGGUGAAGAUCGUUUCGGUGCGAUAGACAAGAUCAAGACAGUAGGGUCGACGUAUAUGGCAGCUGUCGGUUUAAUCCCCGACCGGAAGAUGACGGACGAGCCGAGCACACGCAAGCACAUGGCCACGCUCGUCGAGUUCGUGUUCGCCAUGAGGGACAAACUGAAGGACAUCAACGACAACUCAUACAACAACUUCAUGCUGCGAGUCGGUAUAAACGUUGGUCCCGUCGUGGCUGGUGUAAUAGGUGCACGGAAACCGCAAUACGAUAUUUGGGGUAAUACAGUCAAUGUAGCCUCUCGUAUGGACUCUACCGGUCUGCCCAAUCACACGCAAGUUACUGAGGAGGUCUACCAAGUACUGAAGGACAUGCCUUACCAGUUUGUGUGCAGGGGCAAGGUCAAAGUAAAGGGCAAGGGAGAAAUGACCACUUACUUCCUCACAGACAGAGCACCAGCUAACGGCACCGUGCAGAGUACGUCGAAUGGUCCCAUGAACAACCCUCCCACCGCAUAUGGCGGGGUGGCCACUCCGCUUGCCAUGCUACAGAACUCCGCAAGGAGAGCAGCCGCACAACCGUCAAGAUUGCCCCCUCUGAGGGAAUCGUCAGUAGCCGGGGAGAACGAACCGCUCCUACCUUCUAACGGGCAUCAGAGCAACGGCAACAAUAAGGGCAGCAAGGGUCGCAGGAGCAAGGAGAGCGGCGAGAGUCCGCCGGCGCCGCCGCCGCACGGCUGCGCGGGCCCGCGCUGGCCGCCGCCGCGCGCGCUGGUGGCGCCGUGGCCGCGGCCGGCGGAGGCGCGGCCGGCGGGCCACAAGCGGCGCGCGCCGCCCCGCCUGCCGCGCCCGCGCUCCAGCGACAGUCUGCCGCUGGCGCGCAGCCCGCGCGUGCACUCCUCCGCCGACGAGCUCAGCUCCCUCACUCGCUCGCCCAGCCUCAGCUCCUCCGACGAGAGCUACUCGCGCACCACCGACGCCUCGCCCUCUCCCCCGCGACCCUCGCAGUGGAUCCCGCCGACUAGGCCGCAGCGCGCCGACCCCAGCCCCGCGUACGACUAUCCCCCCGUGCGCCCCAGCAAGCCCACCGUCAACCACAUCAACGAUAUAUACGCUAAACAUAAAAUAACCAGGAAACCGUCGCUCGAAGAUAAGUUCCUCGAUGGAAGUGUUGACUUCCAAAAAGAAGAAGAAAAGUUGCAGAGAAGCAUCAUUAACAUGAUCCAAGCGUCUGCAAAGCGUGAUGGCUGCUGCCAAACUGAUAAGAAAGAUGUAGUCCCUAGGCUGGGGCAACGAGCUGAUUCAUUUUCAAGUUCAGGUAGCCGACCGACGAACUUGAAACAUCUGAAUCAUGAUGGCCGAGAACCAUUUGCGAAGCGAAGUCCAUCAGACGUGGCGUGCGUGCCGCCCUUCGAACGGGAGAUUCAACGACUGCUCGAUGAUAAGAAUCUUAUCAAAAUUAACCCGCCCAAAUCAGAACGGAAAGAACUGAAAUUGGAAUUAAGGGGUGCGAACCCGUCCCUGGAGCCGAUGCGUAACUGCAACAACAACAACAACAGUAGCCCGCUGCACGCGGUGGGGCUGGCCGCCAUCACGCAGGUCGUGCGCAACGAGGCCAGCAGCCCCGCGCGCCCGCAGGACUUCCCCGGGGUACUGCCCACCGACGUCGUCGUCGAGCUGCCCUCGCCCAACCAUGAGCGAAACCGGCCCAGCCCACCAUGCGAAAGGAAACCUGAUCCCAUUUCUAUUCGAGAAAAGGAAAGAGAAAAAGAAGCCCAAGAAAGACUGCACCACCGAGUGGCCGCUUCUCAUCAUAGAGAAAUGGGUAUAUACGGGGAGAGUCAAUCGGAAUGGAGCUCAUCGUGCUCGGAGGGCGAAGGCGACGGGGAGGGCGGGCAGCCCGAGAGUACGGGGUACACGACGGACGACCCCGCGCUGGAGAACGUGUCCAUGCUGAACGAGGCCGGGCUGACGGACGCGGAGGCGGCGCUCAGCGACGUCAACUCGUGCUACUUCGACCGCGACGACGACGUGUCGUCCCGCGCCUCCUCCCGCCUGCUGGACUCCGAGGCGCUGGUGUCGCUGGAGUCGCUCAGUGCCAUCUACGACUCGGACGAGCCGGCGCACCGCUACCUCGCGAACAUUCGCACCGUCAGCGAGUCUAUCACGAGGAACUUUGGACAGCCCGCGCACGUCACCGACGGCGAGAGUGACGUGUAGUGAUACUGUGAUAUGUCGCGAGUUGUGAUAACGUCCGAUUUUGUUUAAUCGACUGUGUUUCGUGUACAUUUCGACUGUUCUCUUGUGUACUGCCUUUUGGUCAAUUGUGAUAACGAAAAUCUCAAAUUAUUGAACUGUCAUGACAGAGACUUCGACGUGUUUGAUUUGGGACACUUAACGGAGGAACAGUUUGGCUCUCUAUUGCAAAUAAAUAAAUACUCAAAACGUUUUUGUUCCCCGCUAUUGUUUCCGUAAGAAGUGUUGCUCGUAGAGAAGGAGCGUAUAGUUAAUUACAUAAUUGUUUUAUCAUAAUUGCUGACGUGCCUGUACUCUGAUGAUUUUGUACUAUGUAAAUUGUGUCAAUAUGUACCUAUUAAUGUUACACUGUAUGAUAUUCAUGUACAGCUGAAUGUGCCAUGUGAUGGCGUGAUGCAUCAUCUGUAGGAGAAUGCGAUGAUCUCUACAAUUAUAAGGUGCUCUGACUUAGAAUUAUUUAUGGUUUGUCUUGUGAUAACGGUAUAGGAAUUCGAAUUUGAGCGACCAAUCUCUGUUAAUGUCAGUGUUCUAGAGUAAGGGCUGGUCCCUGUCCUGUGAACUCUACUCCGUCUCUUUGUUUUGUGAGGCGGGGACUUAGUGAAGUGGUGUCAACUAACUAUACGUAAGUACGUAAGAUUAAUGCAUUUCAAACUAUCUAUAGAGUAAACAUUGUUACCACAGCUGGAUAAUUAUGCUUUGUAGUCUUCAUUUAUCUGCCUUAUGUAUCUCAUAUUGUAUUGAAUUCUAUCUAACAUACCAGUACAUAAAGUUCUAUUUUCCAAACCAUUGUUAUAAAAAAUCCCUUUUGGCAUUUUCUUUCAGAAAUCUAGUCACGUAAUGUCAUCUAAAGUUUGCUCGUUUCUUUAUUAAAAAUAGUGCCAUUAUCAGUCUUUGUUUCUUGAGUACUUUAAUAACUUGAGCUCGAUAACAAGAAGUAAUAUCAUGUAGUUCUUAAGAAAUCAGCCGUGACACUUGAGAGUACAACCAAUAUAUAAACACCACUAGCGAAUAUUUGUUGUAGAAUAUUCUCUGUAUUAAAUAAAUAUCAAUUAUUUUGUAUUAUUUAAAUCUAAUAUAAGUUUGUGUCAAUUUGAUGUAAUUGUAUUGUUUUAGAUAGUUAUUUGAUUAUAUAUUUCAUAUUUGAGGUACAUGAUCUGUUUGUGAGUACAUAUGCUAGUACAUUUCGCAUCGCAGUUGCUACAAUAUUUGAUUUAACAUUGUACUUAAUUUGGAAGCCGAUCCACUAAGUUUUGGUACGAAUUUUUGGGGCAAUUUGAUUAUGAUUUUUGUAUAAAUAUUUUAGUUUAUAAUAAAAUUUGUUCCCGAUUAGAUUAGCUCGUGCUUCUAGUAUUAUUAUUAACAUCACAAUAUUGAAGUAUCAUUUUGGGCUGCUUUAACUGGUUGAGAGAUGUUAAUGUCUGAGAAUUGUAAAUAGAGGAGCACGGUAAAGUGCGUCAGUGAGAUCUACAGAUUGUUAAUCUUUGUAAAUAUUGUUAAUCACCUGUCAAGUGCUAUUCUACAUACCUAUACCUAAGUAUACCACGCUGUGAAAAUAUAUUAUUUUUUGAAGGAAUUCUCUUAUUUGCUAUUUUUAUUCUCAGUAUUUAUAUUUAAUGUUUUUUCAUGUUGAUGUAUGGACAUGUACACAUAGUGCCAAAAUAUUUUUAUGUGUAUGCUUAUACAGUAUGGAUUAUUUGUUUGACACUUGUAUAAUGUUGUUUUUAUAUUUCUCGAUAUAAAUGCAGACAAAAUUUGACAAAAUAGAUCUGACUUAUAGUAAUACCUUGGUAGGCGAGUAGGAACAAAUAUUUUGAAUGUUUUUUGGAUAUACUCAUUAAUGAAUUGCUGCAUUUUUUAUUAUGUGUAGUAAUUCAAUGUAUCGAACAGUGACAUUGUAAUUGAUAAAAAUUAGAAUACGAAUACAAAAACGUUUUGGAAUUUGCUGAGUUAUUCACAUUAAUGCUGUUUACAAAGAAAAUUGUGUAUGUGGCACCACCAUGACUUUAUGAGCACAAAAUAAUUCCUAUUUUGGCUUUAAUGUGAAUACCAGCUCGGAGACCUGCCUGCAUAUUAUUCUCUCAUAGAAAUUACAUUAUCAGUCUCAUUUGUGUAGGGUACUUAAAUUGCGCCUUAUGUAGCAAGUGUAUUGUGUAUUUUAUUUAUUUAAAUUCAAUUACCUAAGCAAUAUUAAUUACUUAUUACAAAUUAAAAGUGGUUUACAUCAA